AUUUAUUUAUACGUGUGUGAGAUAUAUAUUUAUAUAUUUGCGAGAAAAUGUGUACAUAUGUCUUGUUCCUUUUAUCUCUCUCGAUUACAGAAAGGAUUUGAUUCCGGUGGUAGAUUCGUGUGACAGCUUUCGUAGGAGAAUUGACAUGUGUAUUCAUGGGUUAGGUUUUCUACGAAUUUCGGCGAUUUUUCUUUAUUAAAGCUCUCUCUCGCUCGCCGAUGUUUAAUUCGACAGCAAUUAUGGAGAGUAAUGAUUUUAUUGUCAAAGUGGUGAACAACGAGAAGGGUAAAGGACUGUUCUCCAAGCGUGUAUUCAAGGAAGGGGAUAUUAUAUUUGAAGAAAAACCCAUAGUCUGUUGUCAGUUUUCAUGGAACUCUGAUUAUGGAUAUUUAGCAUGUGAUCAUUGUUUGAGACCCUUAGAAACUGCUGAGGAAAAUGCACGGAGAUUAACUGGAAACUCAAAUCUCUUUCUACCACAUAGCGAAUGUUGUGAGACGAACAAAAACUUAAUGACCGAAUGUCCUGGUUGUGGAACAAAAUAUUGUAGUAUAGAAUGUCAGAAUGAGGCAUUUCAAAGAUAUCACAGCACCUUAUGUUUGCAAUCAAGGGUGAAGGAUGAUAGCCAUCCUCUUAUACAAUUAAAAGAAACUUGGAAACAAAUGCAGUAUCCACCAGAAACUGCGACAAUCAUGUUGCUGGCUAGAAUGGUUGCCUUAGUUAAUCAAGCAAACAACAAGCAGGACGUUUUAUCAAUUUUUUCACAAUUUUGUCAUCGCACUACAAACGAUAUGCAUGAAAUUGCACACAAUCUGUUAGGAGAGAAAUUUAUGGGUCAAAUUGAUGUCUUACAACAAAUGAUGCAGACAGCUCUUGAUACUGAGUACACUACACAUUGGUUUACCCCAGAUGGUUUUAGAAGUUUAUUAGCUUUGGUAGGAACAAAUGGCCAAGGUAUUGGCACUAGUGCAUUUAGCCGAUGGGUGAAGAAUGUUUCUGCAAUAGAUUUGCCUAAGGAUCAAAGAAUUUAUAUUGACAAACUGAUAGAUAGACUUUAUGAUGAAAUGGAGGAAGUGGUAGGUUCAUUUUUAAAUAAUGAAGGAUCUGGUCUUUACAUUGUACAAUCAUCGGUGAAUCAUAGUUGUACACCAAAUGCAUUGGUGGACUUCCCUCAUUCGAAUAGCACUUUGGUAUUAAAAGCAAUACGUGAUAUACAAGUCGGUGAGGAAAUUUGUACGAGUUAUCUUCAUGAAUGUGACCUCGAAAGAAGUAGAUAUUCGAGACAGAAGGCAUUGAGCUCGUUAUAUUUGUUCGUUUGUCACUGUGACAAAUGCCAAGUGCAAAUUAAUGAUCCUAAUGUAACAUCUGAUGAAGAAGAGGAUGAUGAUGAUGAUGAUGCAUCUAGUUGAACAGAUGCAGAGAAUAAUUAAAUUAUAUUAAUAAUAUACAAUGUUAGAUAUAUAUUGAAUAUAUCUGAUAUAUCUAACAUACUGCAAAAUAAAAACAUCCAACCACACAAUUAUCUAAUAACUAUAUUAUUAAGAUUACUUGGAUAUGUAUAAUGCACCAAGUGAGCAUUAUGUAAAUCAAUAAAAUAGCAUAUAUAAGACAUGAUAUUUAAUAAAUUUGAAUAAAGUUUAAAAAAAUACUUUAUUAA